AACACUCCCCAGCUCAAGCUCAGCCUGCUCUCACACUCCAUAGAUCGACCUUGGCUCACCGUACGUAAGCUCGAGCCAGCACCGACCACCUGCAGUAGCAAUGGACAUGACCGGCUCCGAUCAGCAGCGGAGCUCCCCGUCCUCGCCGUCGUCCUCCUCGCACCUGAAGCGUCCCGCCGGGCGCACCAAGUUCAAGGAGACGCGCCACCCGGUGUACCGCGGCGUGCGGCGCCGCGGCAGCGCCGGCCGGUGGGUGUGCGAGGUGCGCGUCCCCGGCAAGCGCGGCGAGCGGCUGUGGCUCGGCACGCACCUCACUGCCGAGGCGGCCGCGCGAGCGUACGACGCCGCCAUGCUCUGCCUGAUCGGCCCCUCCACCCAGUGUCUCAACUUCGCCGACUCCGCCUGGCUCCUCGCGGUGCCGUCCGCGCUCCCCGACUUUGCAGACGUCCGGCGCGCGGCUCUCAGCGCUGUCGCAGACUUCCAGCGCCGGGAGGCUGCCAGCGGCGCCGCCACCAGGUCCCUGGACGCCACCGUUCCCGUCGAUGAUGGAACCUGUAGCCAAUCCGCGCAGUCGUCCAUGGAAAAUACCGGCUCAUCAUGGACGUCGUCGUCCCUGCCGUCUGGCAACGGAAUGUUUGAGGUGCCGGCCACACUAGGCUGCGACAUGUUCGAGCUGGAUAUGUCCGGGGAAAUGGACCUGGACACAUACUAUGCGUACUUCGCGGAGGGGCUUCUCCUCGAGCCGCCGCAACCGCCGGUCGCCGGCGCGUGCUGGGACACCGAAGGCGGCGGAGCAGACGCCGCGCUCUGGAGCUACUAAAAUACUCCAGCCAGCUGCUUUGACUCUAUGCAUGGAACAAACCGAAGCUGUUCCCUGUCAGCAUAAUAAAAUUGUGGAACUUGAACCCAUCAAAUCCUGUGACGUACCUGCAAACAAACGGAGUUCUAAGCUGCGCAGAAGAACAAAAAAACGACACACGAAAGGACAUCGCUGCUUGAUGAAUAAAAAU